AAGAAGAGAGUCAGCUGUCUAUUCGAACGUUUCUCUUUCCAUAGACGUCUGUUUGUCUGCUUGUAUGUCAGCAAAUUCUGCCAUUUUCCUCCAGUGGAACGUUGCUUUUGCUGCACCUGCAUUAUGGUUAUGACACGGACUCUGACGACGUUACAAAAUACGAACAACUAUUUCCUUCACGUGAAAGCUACUCGGACAUUUUGAGCCAACAAUUUGGGGUUGAUCACCAAAGGCAACUUGGAUUGAUUUGAGGUUCCUAUAAUAUUCCACCGGACCAAAGUCAUCACGUCCUGCUCAUUCUGUUCCAGCAAGUUUAGUGGCUCCUACACAGCCACCAACCAACUCCACAACAACAGUCUUAGGGUUGCAGCAUGGGGCUCCUUGCGACACUCCAGUCAAACUUCCAGCAUGUUCUGCUGUAUGAGAGCCCUGAGCUUCAGCUGAAAACGCGACAACACAUUCCUCAUGAGAUGCUGACUGCUGCUGCCCAGCAGGAACUAAACAAGGCCAAAACGGCUGACCAAGACUGUACACUUGGAAUAGAGGACUUUCUGGUACUACGACUCCUCCAGUGGUUCAAACAGGACUUCUUCUCCUGGGUUGACUGUUUGCCCUGCAGUGGUUGUGGUGGUCAGACACAGAAUGCCGGUUCCCUCAGUCCCAGCACAGACGAUGUUCGGUGGGGAGGCCAAAGAGUGGAGAACCACUUUUGUGCCACAUGUGACCUGUCUACCCGAUUCCCACGAUACAACCAUCCUGAAAAGCUACUUGAAACCAGGAGGGGGCGCUGUGGGGAGUGGGCCAACUGUUUCACCUUGUGCUGCAGAGCCCUGGGCCUGGAUGCUCGAUAUGUCUGGGACAGCACCGAUCACGUGUGGACUGAGGUGUACUCCGAGGCUCAGCAACGCUGGCUCCACUGUGACUCCUGUGAGAAUGUGUGCGACAAACCGCUGCUGUACGAGGUCGGUUGGGGCAAGAAGCUAGCUUACAUCAUGGCUUUCUCUAAAGAGCAGGUGGUUGAUGUGACAUGGAGGUACUCGCGCCAGCAUGCUGAGGUGUUAUCGAGGAGGACCAGCGUUCGAGAGGCCUGGCUGGUGCACGCCAUUAAUGGACUCAACACUAAUAGGCAGCGCUACCUGGGCGCUGAAAGGAAGAAGCAAUUGAGUGAACGGCUCAUUGUUGAACUGGUGGAAUUCCUCUCCCCAAAGGAGGUUAAGGCUGGUGAACUUGGUGGACGCAGCUCUGGCUCCCUGGCCUGGAGGAUGGCUCGGGGCGAGACGAGAGCGGGUGACCCAACAUUAGGGAAAACAGGUUUUGUAUUCAUGCCUAACGAGGACGAGAAGAGGAAUCAUUUGGUCCAUGUGCGCUAUUCUGCCACCAAAGACCAGUACUGUCGAGUGUCCCGCAGCUCAGAGGUCACCAGGGGUUGGGAUCAGUGUAUAUGGAAGAAGGACGCAGUCUUCAGGAAAGUGGAGACUGACUGGCAAAUGGUGUACUUGGCUCGAGAAGAGGCUUCAGCUGCUGGAAGAAUCAGCUGGAAGUUUGACUUUUCUCCAGCUGGGAUGAAAGUACAGUCGGUGUCCAUCAUGGCAAGUUGCAAGUCCUUCCAUUCUGGAAGAGUCUGCUGGCAUGUGGACGCAGGGAAGACUCAUGCUGAGUUCUUUGGAAAUGGUGUGAUGUACCCUAUCCUUGCGCUAAAUGGCUGCUCAGAGUUUACCAUAACUGCAGAGCUCAGCGGUGGAGAAGGAGAGAUGUCAUGGCAGCAUGCACAGCUCUUCAGACAGAGUUUGUCAGAAGAUGUAGUUUCAUUUGAAAUCAUUGUCCAAUUACAAGAUGCCUAAUUGCCUUUGGUUGUUUCUCCUAAUUAAGUACAUUCUUACCAGUGUGUGAGUUUUUAUUUGUCCGUCUGGUUUGGAUUCGUUUUUGAAGCGUUGUCCAUGCCACAGCCAGACCACCAGGUGUCUUAUGUUCUGCUGAUCAUCUCCCUCCAACUACUGUUCGCUCUCCAGUGCCUCUUUUGUCUAUCAACAACUAUGAGUUUUGGGAACUGUUUGAGAGAAUAAUAACCUCGUCUUGACGAUUUUUGUUUUUGAUGUUGUCGUUGGUUUAAGAAAGAAUUCCUAAUUUUUGACUACUAACCUAUGAAUCAUUUUAGUUUAGCUGCUCUGCUCGUCUAUACUGAAACUCAGAAAAUUCACCACUGAUGCACAAUCUAUUCUCUUUCCAUUGAGUGUCAAGGACAAGUAACUGUCUUUUCUUUUCGAUUAGAAAAGACCAUGAAUUAAGUUUUUUCUGUAUUCAGGGAGAGUCCGUUUAUAUAAACGCAGGCAAUUUCUGUGUUCUCAAUUGAUGUUUUCAGAUCCCCUCCACGGUUGAUAAAAUUUGCAUCAACUGCAACCAAUUCAUUUAUUCCAACACCUCACAGAUAUCAACGUAUAAUAUGAACAAUUUGGGUCUUUCUAUCUACAUCCAAGUUCUGCUGCCUCCUGCUCAGGUAGCUUUCUAUCCAUCCUUUAGCUGGGGCUCUGAUCCCAUAUUCUUAAAGCUUUGAGAUCUGUAUGUCAUGUGUUAAAUCCUUUUCCAGAAUCCAGAAAUAUUCCUUUCUUUUUUGAUAGACUGCUGCUGCUACGUCACCGAUUACACUCAUCAAAGCCGCAUGGCCAAUCUCCCGCUCCUGAAGCCAAACUGUUUAGCAUUCAGUAUUUUUUUUUCCAAGAAUGUAUUUGGUCUUUUUUGUAUGUAGGAGAAUUGAGGUAAUAGUGACACUGGUCUGUAAUAUUCCACAUUUUGCUUGUCUCCUUCUUGGUGAAGGGGGAUGAUCUUCUGUAUGCCAGAGCAUCAUGGCAGGUCUCACUGCUGUCCAUAUAGAGCUUGCAUUCCAAUCUAGUUGCUGCUCCUAUCACUCCGUCCAUAUCACACCUGCCUGACGACCAGUUCCACUCUGCCUGCACUGUCUUCUUCGCCUGUUUUAGUCUCUGCCCAUCACUCUGUAUGACUGACACUUGAACUCAUGUUGUGAAACACUGGCAUCACGCUUGCCCGCGAUCUACAAUCUACGAUCUACAGUUUGGAGUGUUUUUACUGUAGAAUUAUGAAAUAAAUUGACUAUGUACUGUAAUAAUACACACACACACACACACACACACACACACACACAUAUAUAUAUAUAUAUAUAUAUAUAUAUAUAUAUAUAUAUAUAUAUAUA